AGAAAAUGGAUCACAAUUAUAUCACAGCAUUUGUGUGUUUGAUGAUGUUUUCAGCAUCAUUCUGCAGCACUCUCCCAAACGCAACAAAUCCAAAUGCAGCAGAAGCCUGCGUGAACGGCGGCACCAUUUCACUAACCUUCGAUUUCUACCUCAGCAGCUGCCCCGAGGCCGAAGCGAUCGUGUUUUCCUGGGUCGAAAAGGCCGUCUCCGAUGACCCCCGGAUGGCCGCCUCCCUCCUUCGUCUCCAUUUCCACGACUGCUUCGUUAAUGGAUGCGAUGCAUCGGUGUUGUUGGACGACACGGCCAGCAUGGUUGGAGAGAAGUCCGCUGCUCCCAACGCAAACUCUCUAAGGGGAUUCGAUGUGAUCGACGCCAUCAAGGCCGAAAUCGAAUAUUUUUGCCCUCAGACAGUUUCCUGCGCCGACAUUCUCGCAAUUGCUGCAAGAGACGCUGUUGUUUUGUCAGGUGGGCCCGCAUGGGAAGUGGAAAUGGGAAGGAAGGACAGCUUGAUCGCCAGCAAAGCAGCCGCCAACAACAUUCUUCCCUCUCCCAAUUCCGAUCUACCAACGUUGAUGUCCAAAUUCCAAGCACUCGGCCUCUCUCUCCAAGAUCUCCUCGCACUCUCCGGUGCGCACACGAUGGGGAAGGCCCGGUGCUCCACGUUUAGCGCCCGUCUCAAUGGUGGCGGCCCGGACAUAAACCUCGAAUUCCUGCAGUCGCUGCAGCAGCUGUGCACCGUGAACACGACGCUGGCGGACCUCGACCACGCGACGCCCAUGACUUUUGACAAUAGGUACUUCACCAACAUUUUGUCUGGCGAGGGCCUGCUGCCCUCUGACCAGGCACUAGUUGGUGGAGUGGACGAGGCACGAGCGCUAGUGCAGUCUUAUGCACAAGACGCCCGUGUUUUCUACCGAGACUUCGCAAAGUCGAUGAUCGUGAUGGGAGGGUUGCAGAGUGCGGCUGCCGGAGAGAUUCGCCGGAAUUGCCGCGCUGUUAAUCAAAUCCUGCCGUGAUUUGUUUUUAAUUAAUUGAAGAAAUUAAAAAAUCAAUUGCUAUGUUAUUAUGUAUGUUGCUAAUAUUAAUUUUCUAGAUCUAAAAUAGUUUCGUAUUGGACUACUACUAGUGCUAGUAAUAUAUGUCAUGUCACGUGUAUUAGUUGUGGAAAAGAAGGCCUAAAUCCAUCUAUUAAUUAUUUGUUGAGGCCA